CGAGGGAGUUGGAGAAGAACCGAAAGUGAAAGUCCGAGCCUCUCCUCCCCUGAUUUGGUCAGCCAUGGCCGACUAUACUGCUCCGCUCUUCGUGCAGCUCUCUCUCCCUCCUGAAGAGAGGGGCUUGGAGAGGCUCGAAUCCAAGCUGCACAUCUACUUCCAAUCCCGGAAACGCUCCGGGGGCGGCGAAUGCAAAGUGCGAGUUCUGGAUCGUGAAGGGGACGUCUAUUCGGUGCAGUUCCUGUCGGAGGAAGUGAAGAAACAAGUGAAGAUAAAUGGACCUCAUUUCAUAGAAGUUUCUGGAAGAUCUGUAAAGAUAAAUAUCCUUCCAGAUUCCGAGGUGUCAAUGAUGGAUAUGACAGAAACAUCACUUGCAAAUUAUUUGAAGAGCUCAGCAUCCAGCUCGCUUUCUGCUUCAAGCACUCUGCCACUUCCAAAUGAUUUUGAAGAUCAAAAGCUGACUGAAAAAUAUGCAGGUGAUCUGGAAAACAUGAGCAGAAAGAUCUUUCUUAGCGUAUCUGCCACUUUGAAUACUGAAUUGCUCACAAAAGAGCAGAGAAGUCAGGUGACAACUGUCUGCCCCACCUUAAAAAUAGAUGUGCAGUCAGGGUGGACGGGCAUAGAAAAGGUAUCAGGAAAUUAUGAUGACAUUGAGAAGUUACACCGUCAUUUUGAGAAGCUCCUUGGAGGCCUCCACCACCGCAGCAAUGAAUUUUCACACCCUAAAGGGCCAAAAACUAUGAGAGAGAUGCCCAUGGGUGGUUGGAAGGAAGGAAGGAAGAAUGAUGUAGAUGUGUCUGAUAUCAAGGUUCCUUCAGCUAUCUUUGAAUACUUCAGCCAAGCCUGCAAGGAACAAGUUGAUGAACUGGAGCAGAAGUUCAGCGUAAAGCUGACUAGUGAAGAAUGUGGAAAUGGGUUGGCUUCUCUACGCUUCUCUUCUGUUGGAGACCCUAGCCUCCUAGAGAAAGCUCAGAAUAAUUUUGUCACGGCAUUUCAGAAGGUAACCGCAGAUCUGAAACAGGAGAGAAUGUAUUUUGCUGACAGCCACCAGAUGGCUAAAGCACAGCAGAUUUUAAACCUCCAUUUCAAGAGUGUCCUUGCUAAAACAGAGGGAAAUACAUUGAUUCUCCGUGGCCCUGCAAAGGAGAUUUCAGCUGCUAAAGGCGCAAUAGGAGAAUUAGAGGCAGGAGAGUUGGUUAAAAAACCUGACACUUACUCUUUGAAAACUGACCCCGGAUCUGAUCUUAAGACAUUUUCAGCCCAGCCCAUAGAAAAAGUCAUCCCCUUGAAUCUUCUUGAGGACCAGAGAAGAAAACUAGACAAGUUCUUUUCAGCACUGGAAAAAGAAAACCCCAGAGUAUCAAUGCGUAUAUCAAAGAAAAAUAAUUUAAUUCUAUGUGGUAUUCCGGAGCAUGUGCUUUCUGUUGAAAAGCACAUCAUGAGGUUUCUGGAAACUCGUGUUGAUAAACCUGUAGGAAGUAUAGGUCCUAGUUUCAGCUCUGGAGAAACUAAAGGUACAUAUUUGGAGCAAAACGGGGCUGCCAAAAUGCACUCCCCUCCUCCCAGGGAGCAAAAGGAGCCAAAGGAAAUGGAAGUCAAACAAGAGGAUAUGUGCAGCAUUUGCAUGGACACAGUCCACCAAAAGAAAGUGCUGCCCAAAUGCAAGCAUGAGUUUUGUACUGAGUGCAUUGAACAGGCCUUGAAAUACAAGCCUGUUUGCCCUGUGUGUAAUGCAGCCUAUGGGAAGGUGGAAGGAAACCAACCGCCAGGGACAAUGAACAUCCAGAAAUAUCGCGCACCACUUCCUGGUUAUGAAGGAUAUGGCACCAUCAUAAUUUCAUAUAACAUACCUAGUGGCAUUCAAACGGAAAGCCACCCAAACCCAGGAAGACCAUUCAGCGGAACAAGUCGGACAGCAUAUCUACCUGAUAAUCCAGAAGGAAGAGAAAUUUUGAAGCUGCUUCAACAGGCCUUUGCUCAAAAGUUGGUUUUCACAGUUGGCCAGUCGCGUACAACCGGUGCAACGAAUGUUGUUACCUGGAAUGAUAUUCACCACAAAACUAGCUUGUAUGGAGAGGCAGGCAGUUUUGGCUACCCCGAUCCAGACUACCUGAAACGUGUUCGCGAAGAACUGAAGGCGAAAGGAAUUGAAUGAGCGCUCUUUCAGUCGACGGUCCAGAAUCUGUACCAGUCCAAAGAUGUGCCAAUUGGAUUUAGCUUAUGGGUGCUCCCCCCCCCCCCCGAAACAAUUUCUGCUUAUCUGAAUUGCAGAACUUGUUGAAUAACAUGUUAAAAAUCUGUUGCAGUGCUGUUAAGUAAAGCUAUCAUUCCAGGGAUGGGGAACCUGUGUCCCACGAGAUGUACAGCUUCCAUCAACCAUGAUGGUUAGCCAUGCUGGAGGGAGCUGGAGUUCAACAUCUCAAGGGCUACAAGUUCCACACUGCUACUGUAGACCGAACCACAUUUCAUGGAGCCCAGCCCCAUUGAUUGCAGCGGGCCCUGAUUUUCAGAGUUCUGCUGAAGUCACUUGGUCUUGGUUUUAAGUAGAAGCGUGCACGAUUAGGCCGUUAACACUUUUUCCUCUCUUGUGUGCUUACUCCUACUGCUACCACUUGCAGCAUAACUGGGUGGAAUGAAGUUUUUAGUUUUUCUCACCUUUGCAGAACUAGGCUAUGUUUUGCCUUCUUUCUCUGCAUUGUGAUGAUUCUUAAACCAAUAAAAAUGGUUCAGCAUUUUGUGGGUUCAGGGCUAUAUGGUAGUAUUCAACUAAAUUUUCUUAAUGGGCCUAAAUUAGUUUAUGUUAGCUGAUUUCGGUGAGUCUACUCAGAGUAAAACUUAGAUAAAUGCUACCUGCAGACUGAAGUAUAGUGUUCAAUCUAAGUUUACUACUUUUUUUUUAAGGUUGCAGUUUGUGUCCUAUUUGGAAUCUUUGGAGCAUCGUUAUCCCACAAGAAAAGAACAAAAUCUGGAACCCAAGUGGCUAUUAAAACUAUGUCCUUGAUUGGUUCCCCCCUCUUGAAAAUCAAAUGGCUAAGCAAUAUUUUUUCUUUCUUUCCAUUUAACACCACCCUGCAGCCAUAGAGGUACAUUUUAUGUGUAUUUUCUGCACAUGAGGCAACAGAUUCUGUUAGCUUGCUGCUGCCACUAAACUGGCAAGGCUAAAGUAUAUUCAUCAGCAAAUUGUGAAAUGUGACUUAAAAGGAAGUAAAAUUCUAUAUGCUAGUUAAA